GAUGUUUAUCCAUCUACCUAUUGAAAUAUAAACUCAGUAUUGUCUCAUUUGCAAUCAGCAGUCUGAGUUAAAUGUGUGUGAAUGCUUGUGAAAUUUUACAGGAAGAGAAGAACAGCAAUGGGAAAAGAGCCUUAUCGGGAAGGCGCACUUCAAAGGUUUACUGGACUAUAACUGGAUGACAAGGAAAGCACCAUGUUAUCCUGCACCUAAGAAGUAAACAAACAGUAUGUUUACAUUUAUGAAAAUGGGAUCACAACCAGCCUUGGUUGGAAAUGCUGCAGAAGGCUUUUGGUGGAAUAAGGCUGUUCAAGACAGGUAAUUCACCUAUUAAGUUUAGUCUGUAGAAAGUGUGUAUUGAUUUUGUUUUAUAUGUAACCCUUCUGUUUCCUUUAUCCUUACUCACUAGCUCUUAAAUCUAGAUCUAUGAUAAGAAAUGUAUGGUAGUUUUCACUAUAAAUAUAUCUGCGUGCUUUGGUAUUACAUAAGGAGCUGUUCAUAAGUUGAAUCAAGUGUGUGUAGUGUUCCCUUGGGGACAGCAAACCUGGUAUUACUGUGAGUUUUCAGUGGAUAAGGGCCUGGACACUACAGGGGAAAUGCUUCAAAGGAGCUUGGGGACUGGGGUGCACCUACUGUUAACCUGCAAGGCAACAAAAGGGCUGGUGUAGACCAGACUGGGUGAAUGUCUGGGUGAUUAACAGGCUGGUGGUGUCGGGGAGCUAACAUCCAUUUAAGCAUAUGCAAGUCUCUUUCUCACUGGAGGUGGGAUAGGGGGGAACAAAGUGACUCCCAACCCUGAGCACGGUCAUAUCUUGUUGGUUAUUUAUUAUUUGUAUUGUAUAGGAACCCCAGUCAUGCACCAUUGUAUUAAGUGUUGUAUAUGGAGCCUUGUAAACACCGCACAGUAUUCCUAUUCUCCCUGCUGUCCCACAUGAGUUUAUGGUUCUUAUAUACAACACAUUUCUAUUGUAGAUGCUGAUAGUACUCUUUUUUUUCUCUCUAUAAGCAAUGUUUUAGGGCCAAAUCCUGCACCCAUUGCUCUGUGACAAAACUGAUCUUGACUUCAUUGGAACUGAAGUGCAAAUAAAAACUGAUUUCUUCUUGUGGAGCCACAAUUGCAGGGAAGGUGAUGUUUUUUAAAUUGGGGUGCUCAAUAUUAUUAUAUGUCAGUAAUCACAUUUUUAUUUUAAAAUUACAGUCAUACUUAUACUUUCAGUUUAAUAUACACACAUUCUAAAUUAUUCACUUUGUCACUGCACUUAAAUUACUAAAUUGUCAUUUAGUUGCUCAUUAGUGAGAGUAAUGGUCAAUAUCUUGCCAAAUAGCCUGUGUCCACUAGAAAUAAGACUUGCAUAAAUUAAAAAGGGAUAUUUUGCUGGUAGUCAAUGUACCACAAUAAUUUAUGCUAUAAAUAAGCACCAUGCUAUGGCUAGUAGUGUUUAGGCAGCUGUAAAAUGCCUUUUGUGUAACUAGGAAGCACAUUUUUAUAUAAUUAAGAAAACUGAUGAGAGUUAAAUGUUGAGGGAAUUCAGGUGGUAUAUUGUCUGAAACCUGCAUAAUUUUUACAUGCUACUAAUGUAUUUUUAACUUUAGGUAUGGUUUUAUAAUGAAACUGGUGACUAUAUUUUAACCUGUUAAAUGCUAGAGAAACACACUUCUCAAAAGCAACCAGAGGAAGCUUAUUAGAGCUGAUCAAAAAAUGGGAGGAAAAAAAAAAUCUCACACACACACAAAUCAAAAUUUUAAAGUGUUUCCAUUUUCCAGGGUCUGAAAUGGAUUUUUCUUCACUUUUUUUUUGGAAAAACAAACAAAUGUUUGUGUAUGCUUCCUUCCUUCCCCCUCUUUGCCACUGAGUGCAAUAAAAUUCAUGAUGCCCACUACUGGCUUUUUAAAAUCUGUAACUUUUCCAUAGUUGAGGAAGUUUUGAAAAGUUACAGUCUACAGAGUGGCAAAAGGGAAAAUGGGAAAUAAAGAAAAAUGAAAAACUGAAAAACCUCUCUCUCUAAAUAGCAUUCACUCUACUGCCUUCAGUGACAAAAAGGAAAAAGAGGAAGGCAUCUAUAUUUCAAAUAUCAAAAUAUUCAGGCUUGGGAAAAAAAAACCCAAAGAAUAUACUGAAACCCAAAAAGCUUCCUAUGAAACCUGUUGAUUUAGGGGGAAAAGCCAUUUUUUUGAUCAGAAGAAGGUUUUUGAAUUUUUUUUUAUCAGCUCAGACUUGCGCUUAGGCAGGUGUUUGUUUCACACACACAGGAAAAAAAAAAUAAAUAGAGGAAAUAUUGCUGGUGACUCCUGCCUGGGGAGUUUCCUUUUCACUUGUACUUUCACACCAGCAGCUGGAAUUCCUGCAGCAGUCACCUACCCUAGAGUUCCUGCUCUCAGCUUUUCUUUGCUCACUGCUUUCCAGUCAGAGGGGGCAGUAGGUCCCAGGUCUACACCGAUUUUGUGGAGGGAAGACUGGUGCUUAACACCAACCAGUUCCUCUUCACAGAUCCUACUGCUUGUCCACCUGGCUUCAAUCUGCCACAUUGUCAGUGGGCCCUUCUUAACUGACUCCGGACUGUGCAGCCAAUCAGCACUGUCGAGGUCUUCGAGACCAUCCAAGCUGCAGCGUAGAUCAAGCAAUGAUACACACUGUCGAGGAGUGCCCACUAACCAAAUUCAGCGGUGGGCUUCGAGAGCUCCAUUUGGCCACUAAGAACACCAUUACUUGGCUUGGCGAGUACGCAAAGGCUAAAUAAAUACUGCUCUUUACAAAGUGACGUUUGAGCUUCUUAACUGAAAGAGACCCGAGCAGGAACCCAUACAGAUUUCCUUCUAGAGAAACCAAGAUCCAGCUUAUAUAGUCUGCACAGCCGGGCAUGAGUUUCCAGGGUAGGAUAAGAUUUGAGUUCUGAUCUUAGCUUUUCUACUAACUGGUAAUAAUAUUUUUGUGUAGUUCAGAACCUUUAUUAAUGACCAAGAUCUUAUAUUGGUGUGCUAAGAAACAGAAAACUAUCAUUUCCUAAAUUUUAUAAAUGGAGUACCUGAGAGAAUGCCCAAGGUCAUUCCACGCAGAGGUAGGAGAAGAAACUAGGUCGCUAAUGUGACAGAGCCACAUCUGCUGUAUCACACUGCCUUUUAAAAUGAAUGUGCCAAAUCUAUAAGCUGAAACCCGUUGCUGUCACCACUAGACACCACUCUGCUGCUCCCUGAGCUAAGAAUAAGAACCCAGGUGUCCAGAUAGUGAACAUCCCAUAACUGCCAAAGUUUGUGUCCCAUUCUAAUGAUUCUUCCUCCACACAGAGGACCACUGCCUACUUCUACUAUCUACUAGUUACUCCUUGAGCUUAAGUGAAAGAGGUGAAGCUGAAGGUCCUUGGUACAAACCAAUGCAGGGAAAAUGGUAACAACGACAGUUCUAGUGCAUAUACACAAAUUGACAGAAUUAAGAUUCUACAGACAGGACACACCAUAAUUAUAUUUAACUUCCCAGUGUUUGACUUUGCAAUGUUUUUAGUGUAGAUUUAGUAAAUAAAUAAAGCAAGCCAGCCUCCUCCCCCGCCCUUAAAAUUGCACGUAUUGCGUGAUACCUGCAAGACUCAGAGCAGCUAACGAAUUACAGAGCCUUUCCUCUAGAGGUCUCCAGUUGAAAGCUCAGUAGGGAUUAACUGCUACCCUGGAGAUAAACAGAGGACUUCCCGCACUGGAGCUGUGAAGGCUCGUGCCCUUUCACUAGCACCAGCUUCACACUCCUUUUAAAUGCAUGGUUACACCCCCAUUGUUUGCAAAUGAGUUUAUUAAAUGUGCAUAGGUCAAAUAGCUGCACAAAACUCGCCACCUGUGCCCUGUCUGCCCUGGCACUGCCUUAGUGGGGAAGGCAGCAGGGGGCACCGCCUCUCUGCCCCCCUCUGACUUCUCAAGGGGUUGUUCCCUCUUUGCUCCGCCACCCCUUUUUUCCUUAAGGGCCAACUCUUGCCUCAACUGCGGGCUGCUUUGCCGGAAAGCCGCCUGUUUGGGGCGCAGGGCCGGGGAAGAGGCCGAAGCAGCCGGUUCAUGCCCGGGAGCCCCGUCUGCAGCGCUCCAACCGGGAAGGGACACCAUUGGGCUGUGCAGGGGGGAGGGGACUCCGUAUAGACGGGUUGCACCUUUUCCUUCCCCUUUAGGGACUGAUAAACAGCUGGCUGUACAGCAGUGACAGCCCAGGACGCCGAAGGGCUUGUUAACCUCCCAGCCUUCAGGUCCCUGGCUCCCCCCGCCGCCGCCGCCGUUUUCUUUUCUUUGCAAACCUAAGAGCCUGACAGGGCGCAGAAGGACGAAUUCCCUGCUGUCGUUCCGGGAUUAGCCCCGGUCUCCGUCAGUCACAGCUCGAGCGACUGAGUCCCGCUGAGGCGCCACUAGCCUCCCUCCGUUUCGUAACAACCGAAAGUAAAAGAGGCCGGGGCGGGCUGCGGGGGAACGUGAUUUGCUGUCAUUGGUCGCAGCUCUCUCCACCGGUGCUGUCUCUGCGGCCACGUUCCCAGGCUUGUCCUCAAAAGAACUUUUCUGAUGUAGCUAAUCUGCUUCUGAUUUGAGUGAUGUCCCAGUAGGCACCAUGCUGGUGAUGGCAUGGCCACCAUGGAACUCUGUUGGAACAUGGCACUGGCUAGGGACUCAGAAAACACACCUGAGAAGUAUUUGUCUCUACUGCCAGCAGUAUCUUAUUCUGAAGAGACAUUUUCUCAGCUUUUUAAAUAAUGCAACUGGAAUAACCAUCUUCAUUCUUUGCUGCAUCAGUGCAUAUCUACCAAGAAUAGAAGCUGAAAGAAGAAGGUGGGAGGCGGUUAUAGAGGAUUUGCAUAUGAUUAAAGGCAUAACUGAUAGCAUUGAUGCCUGUUUAUACACUGCAUAUAUAGACAAGUCAGAUGAGUGCGAAGUACAAGUGAUGGAAUGCUUUUUGUUAGAGUUGAAAGUGAUUUCCCAGGAAUGUGAAAUCACAAAAGGAUGUAAAAUCAAACAGUACAUACGCAACGUGCUGGCAAAUGUAAAAGCAAAUUUACCAAAGAACACAAGUUUACCAAACAGUCCGAACAGGAAUAAAAUAACAUGCAAACAAUGUGAAGAGUACGAAGAAGGGAAUUUUACCUACUUUAUAGAGACUUUCGAAGAGUUUGCAAAACACAAGCUGAAAUUUUUACUGCACGUUUCUAAAUAGGCUUCCUUUUUGAAAGUGCUUUAGGGAAACUCCAUAAACUUUUCUGGCACUUCAAGCAAUAUAAUCACUGGAUGGACGGACAGACAGACUGGUUGGCUAGAACUUUGUAAGACAGAAAGGCAGAAAAAACCAAACACAGCCAAGAAUAAUCUGAACUAUGAACUGUGCCAGAGACUAUUUUAUCUUUUUAUUUUUAAUUUACUACUUCCUUUGGGAAGCUAUUAAAAUGUAAACUUAUGUCUAUUUUAUAAACAUUUUAGAUAAAUAUUUGCUCUUUGCAUGUCUCAAUAAUUGACUACUACUUAGAAAACAUAGUAACUUGUACUGCAAAUAUUUUAUUUUCUAGGAAAGCUAAACUGGUGUAAAUGAGAAUAUAUAUAUUCUCAUUUUAUAUAUAUAAAAAUCACUAACCAGUAUGUGUUUGGAGUCCUCCUCUGUGCCCAAUCCCCACAGGAUCAGAGUCUGUCACAGUCCCCAACUACAGAACCUGGCUUUUUAGCUCAGGCUGUAGAAUCUCAUGCUUUAAUCUUUGGAGAGCCCUAUUUCAGUUCCCUGCUGAGACCCAGAUAGCAAUCACCACACGUGUAAAGUCAUGGGAAACAGUGGCGCACAUAGCUCUGACCAUAAUAAACGGGGUUCUGAUCCUGCAAGUUGCCCCCUGUGGACAGACCCCUGUGGCCAAGUAAUACCCCACUGAUUUCAGUGGGGCUCUACACAGUUACAGCGCUCUGCUUUCAUAGAACAGCUCACAAAAUCAGGGCCUACAUGUGUGGAAACCAGGGUCUGGAUUAUCAGAAAAAUGCUGGACUAAAAGAGGCAGUUGUAAAUUGAAACUGUCUGAAUCUGUCUGCUUUUUAUAACUUUCACUGAUGAAGUGAAUAAAAUGGAUACGCACGAUGAUGCAGUAGAGUGAAAAUGCAGUGAUGGUAAAACAUUUGAGUAAUUGUUCUAACAGGAAACAGUCAUCCCCAUCAAGGAAUAGAAUGAAAAGAUGAAGGGGAUUGAAGUUACCAAAAGCUGAUACUUAAUAUCACAAGCAUCUACCCGAGUCAAAUUUUAAGGCACUGGUAAGAGACUGGCAAUAGACUGCCAAGCUAGUUGUGAUUUCCUGCUCUCUCUUUUCUGGCUUUAUUGAGUUUGAAGUGCAAUGACAUUCUGGACCAAAUUCUGUUUGCCUUACCCAACUAAUCCCAUUGAUUUAAAUGAGAUGAAUGUGUAAGUAAAGCCAACAGGAUUCAGGUCUAUAUGUGCGCAGGCCAAAAAGUACAUUUUUUCCAUUGUGCUAUUUGUAUGUAGUGUGGGAAGAUGUGACUAGAAAUUAACUGUAUAGCUCAAGAAAUUAGUCGUGGCAUAUAGAGUUUUCCACCUGUAGGAGCCUGAUUCUCUUUUGCAUGCCCACCAAAAAUUCCAAUUCAUCAGUCCCUGGGUUAGCAAUUAGAAUCUGGCCAGGAGGUUGGAAAUAUGUGAAAGCUAUUACCAUCUGAUGACUGUGCAGUGGUCUAUAUGAAAUGAAUUGGUGAUUUUUCUCAGUCUAGUUCCUACUGAACAGAUGUCUAUUAUAAAAAUCCCUAUAAAAAUUGGCACUGUUUUGUCAGUCUCAACAGAAGGACUGAUCACAGAAUCUGUGCAUUUCUAACAGGAGGGAUGGCUACAGCAGGUUAGGAAGCCAUUCUGGAAGUUACCUCAUGGGAGUGGAAAGCCUGAGUGGUAGCAGAAAGGACAUAGGAGUGGCUCUGUAUUUGUCAAAUUCGAAGAUACUGCCAAUUCUCUAAGAAACCCAUCCAAUUUCUGAUGCAGCCAGUGCAAGUCUCCCCAUUGAUUUUAAUAGGAGUUUGAUCAGGCCCUUAGAGUUUAAAAAUUAGCUAGACAAAUUCAGACUAGAAAUAAGAUGUGACUUUUUAACAGUGAGGGUAGUUAACCAUUGAACAACUUACCAAAGGUUGUGACGGCAUCUCCGUGAGUAGAAAUCUUGAAAUUAAGAUACGCUCUAGUUCAAGCACAGCUUGAAUUCAUGGUUAUCCUAAGGCUUGUGCUCUUCAGGAGGUCAGACUACAUGAUCACAAUGGUCUCUUCUGGCCUUAAAGUAUAAGAAAGUCACAUGAGAAAUGGAUUAUAAGUGAGUCAAAUAUAUUUUUAGUGUAAUAUUGUUAAUUCACCAAGUCCUGUUUCCCUGAACAAGAAACAAACUACAGCAAGCAGUUUCCUUACUCAAGUCUGCCACUCCAGUGAGCUCAAUACCCAAGAAGCCCUGUCUCUCGCCUCUGUGUUUCCUCUGGGGGUCACGCUGACCACUCCUUCUCCAGGCUCCCUCUCCCGCGGAAGACACAGGCUACAACUGAAUCUCCACCCUUUGCAUUUGCAACCAGGGAAACCCCCCAGUCCACAUGGCUUAGCUCUGACCUACCACAUGGUCUAGUUCCUUUGGCAGUAGCACCCCCAGCUCCCGCAGCUAUUUUUAUUACAUAAAGAGACUUAACUGUGCCUUCCUUUGAGCUUGAAAAAGAGUACUUGGCACAGCCAUUGGCUUAACAAGGUUUGUGAUUGGCUUUGGAUCCAAGACCACCCUCUACUCCCGAUGGCAGCUAUUAACAUCUUUCAGCAGAACAAGAGAUUAGGUGGCUCUGAGUUUCCACUUUAUGCCAGGUCGAUACAAACGUUACUAUGUUUGUUUAAAACUGGUGAGACUGAAUGGAGAAUUAAGCCCACUAUUUUCUCCAGUGCCAACAUUUAGAUGCUAUAUUUUUCUGUAUGGGAUUGUGAAUCUUCUGUCAAAUAAACAUAUACAUAAAGUUUGGGGUGGAAAUUAUUUGUUGUGCAAUAGAUCAGCCUACAGCACAAAUGUAUUUUUAUUUCAUAAUAUGCUUGUUCUAUCUUCACAGAAGUGUAUGCUAUUGUUUUGUUUGCUUUGCCCAGAUGGCAAAUGUGCCAUUAAGUUUAUCUGGCCUAAAUUCAUUCUAUUUUUAUAGUAACAAAAAUCCUCUUUUGACAAGGAAGAUGUACACCGUAUUUAUGAAUAAAUAUAGACAGCCGUUAUAGACAAUGGCUAUAUUAACAUUACACUGUGUGAACAACUCACGUGGGAGAAAAUGAAAUGUUUUCAAUCUAAUAUGUGGUCUCCAUGUCCCAGGAUUUAUUAAAUGGUGAUAACCAUAGUCAUGGUAGGAAAAAUUAGAUUAAAACAGGGAAAGAAAUCAAUGUAUAUCUUCUAGCAUGGAACCUAAUACAAUCAAAUUUUUUCCAUGGUCCUGGAAAAUGCAUAAUAUGUUGCUAAAGAAAAAUGGAAUUUGCCAUAAUUGAUACUCCUGAAUUCUUGUGCAGUAUUUAUAAAUUAAGAUAACUAAUUCCAGUCAUGAAGCAAAUACUUAAUGUCUUUUGCUAUAGAUUAUACAGUGCACAAUCCAUGCUGGCACAUAAUUUGUGUGAACAGUAUUCCUGAGUAAAGUCCAAAUGUUAUCAUCUUGUCAGCGCAAGCAGUGUCAUAAGUUUCCAUUUUCCACUGGUGCUAUGGGGACACUUUAAUUUACAUCAGCAUUUAUAAACCAUUUGUUGUAGCAAAAAACAUCAGCCACUGUGUUAGAGACCAUGGACUGAUUGCUGUGUAUCCAGCUCACGAGAAAUAAAAGGUUUUGUUUGAUUUA